AUGGAUAUGCGUUAUGCUCGAGUAGAGUUUUGUGGCCAGCGUCCAGUGAUGGGGCGAUACUGUCUUCACUUUCACUUGCUGAAGAAGUGCCCUCGUUGCGUGUUCCAGGGCAAUGCUGUUGUAGAUGGAGAACACGUUGGCAUCACGGUUCAUGGAACCCAUGAUGCUCUAGUGGACCAAAAUGUCGUGUGGGAUGCCAAGGCCAACGGCUUGUAUAUUGAAGAUGGAAACGAAUUGCGGAAUACACUCAGCCAAAAUGUCAUGAUUUGUUCAAGUUUGAGGAAGUGUAGAGUCAGCUGGGUGAGUGGUGCUUCCUCACAAACAGCUGGGAUUUUCAUGAUUGGCAUGAGCAACAACAUUGUCGAAAACCGUAUUGUGGGUUAUGAAAAUGGAAUUUGGACCCCGGGAUCCUUUCGUGGGUCUGGACAUGGCAAAGCCUUUGGGAAAGUCUGUCCACAAUUCUACCCUUUUGGAGAGUGGCGUGGCAACACAUGCCACGACUGCAACAGAUUUGGGUUGUACUUGGACCAUCAGUAUCCGCGAAAUGUCAAGAUUGAUGAAGACGGUUUGCUUCUUGACAAAGACAGUUGCGAGUGGUUCACCAAAGAUGGUGCCGACAAUGGUGUGGUGAAUGAAGUACGAGAUGAAGUGAACUGGCACAACACGUAUGUCGGCCAGUAUGCCAUUGGUGACAUCCAGUUCAUCAACUACACCAGUGUCAACAAUGGCCAUGCCAUGUACUGGAAGGUGGGCAAGGAUUUUGUGGAUGGCCGGCUUUGGCACCUGCUUGACUCUGUCUUUGCCAACGACCCCAGCAACAGAUGCUCGACGCAAACCUUGGACGAUUCCCGGCACCAGGUGCGACACAUGUGCCAAGCCACAAGUAACAUGUGCUAUUGGAUCUUUUGA